UCAAUGCCGAGCGGCAUCUUUAACAGUAUUCUUUUUUUUCCCCUCCUCUUCCUCUCUCUCGCUCUGCACACCCAAAACGGUGUCCCACUGCCACAUCUCCCCCUCAAACUCGCGCCGCCGUCUCCUCUCCGCGCCGCCGUCCAGCUCCGGUAGGGGUAGAUUUCUCUCCUCUCUCUCUCCCCCUUCUCUCCCCGUUGACUUCUCACCCUCCUCUCUCCCCGUCGGCGUUUGCCCUUUUGUUUUCUUUUGCUCCACCGCGCCGUGCACGACCACCGCAACCCCCCGUCACCGCCUUGGCCGCGCCGCCUCUCGCCGACCCAAGCACGGCUGUCGCACGGUGACCUACACCACGAAGCCGAUUGGCCACCCUUCGGUUCCUCCACCAAAUCCCACGCCCAAAUCCGUCUAGGAUCUCCGCCAGCCCCUCAAAUCCGUCGUCGCACAGCGUCCUCGCCCUCACUGCGUCACCGUUGAUUUUCUUUCCCAGAUCCGUCACCUUCAUCCUCCUCCCCUCCAGACGCUGCCUCGAUGCCCCUCUGUGCAGCAACCCGUACCAAAAAGAUUCUGUCUCAAUCCGAGAGGAACCACCACGAUCGGCGAUUUAGGACUCAACUUGUAUCAUCCAGAAUUUCCCAUCCGCGCACAGCCCUUAUCGUGUGAUUCCGGUUCAAAGAAGUCGUGUUCUGAGAAAGCGUAGAACAGAAGGCUGCGCAUAACAGUGCAAAACCACACGGCCUGAAAGCCUUUGAUUGUGAAUGUCCACUUCAGCUUCGUCCUCUCGACGAACAUCCCGGGAAAUGGCUGCACCAUUGCUAGCAGGACUUGCUAUUGCAGCUGCUGCUUAUGGUGGUAGGUAUAGCAUUCAAGCUUGGCAGGCAUUCAAGGCAAGACCAUCAGUACCUAGAAUGCGCAAAUUUUAUGAUGGUGGUUUCCAGACUACUAUGACUAGGAGGGAAGCUGCUCUAAUACUUGGAAUCAGGGAAAGAACUCCAGUGGAUAAGGUUAAGGAAGCACAUAGGAGGGUGAUGGUCGCUAAUCACCCUGAUGCCGGGGGUAGUCAUUACCUCGCAUCUAAAAUUAAUGAAGCAAAAGAUCUGAUGCUGGGAAAGACCAAGGGUGGCAGCUCUGCAUUCUGAUUGGGCUAAUACUUUCCAUACAUGCAAGGCAUUUCUGCAGAAGUUUCAUAAGUGAGUUUAAGAGCAUGCAUGCUCCCAUUACUGUCACCUCAUUUUUUUUUUCAGUCCCUUGAUUCUUUAUAACCUCUAGUUGGACUGAUUUUGAAAAAGAAAAGUGAUACCAUUUGUCACGAGACUUGUGAAUCUGGUGACCAUGACAGAACUCGAUUGAAAUUCUGCAUGGAUGUCCAUGAGAGUAGGAUGAAAGAUUAUAAUUGGGGUGAUAAUUAUUUAGUCCUCGUUUGGUUGUGGAUCAUGGUGUUGGGACUUCUGUUUGCUUCGGCUAAUUUUCUCUCCUAUUUUUAUACAUUCAGUGUAAACACUAAUAGCUCAUUAUUUGUGAGAAUUGGUGGUUGUGAUCACAUUGAUCAAAUGUAUGCCAAUUUUGUAGCAAUGAAGCCUUUUUGGUCUUGGAUUGA